AUGGAUUCGAAAGGUGAUGAUUCUUCAAAAUCGAAUCCAGAAAUUCACUUUUCUAAGUUUGUUCAAUCUCACAAACUUCUUUUGGAUGAAUUCCUUCAACUAUUGGAAAAGACAAAGGCAAGUUUAGAUGAUGCCCAUUCAAUCGCUUUGCAAAUUAGUAAUUCGACGGAGUCAUUUAAGGUGUAUGUGUCUGAUUCGGAUGUUGAAGAUAAUGUUCAUCAAUGUCCUCGCCCUAAUCGAUUAGCAGCUGGAACUAGUUUUUCAAAGGUAAAAGCUCCACAAUGGUUGAGGAGAAGCCCGUCGUGGGUGAAGUAA